AUGAAAACGUACGAAUGUACCGUCACUGGUUGCAGCAAAGUUUUUAACGUUAAACAUUAUAUGACCCGUCAUGCUAAAACUCACAACGGUGUAAAAAUUCAAUGCGCUCUGUGUCCGAAAAUGUUUACGCGUAAAGACAACCUCGAUACAUAUGUUAGAAUUGUUCAUCGUGACGGAAGAGUCUCUACGCCGUCUAUCCCCCCGCAGACUGGACCAUCUACAACCGCGGGACAAUCUACAAUAUCAUCGACUUCAACCGGGCCAUCGAAUACCGACGAAGAAAAUUAGCUGUUUAUGGAAAUCAAUAUGGAUAUUUACGACGGUAAGAUUUCUUUUAUGGCCCACCACAUAGCGACGGUAUUAGUUUUAAUUAAUUAAUUUUUUUUUUCUGUUCCCCUUAGGUAAGUAACGUAUGCUAAAAGAAAAAACCGCCGCUAAAGUGAAGAAAGUCAGGAUAGAGUUAGUUAAAACACCGGGAUUCACUGAAAUUGAUUCUUCUUUCUCACGUAAAUCGUAUGGUACUAUGCUAAAAAUUUCAAUAACGUUCAAAAUUACAAACAAUUUCUUAAAUUGUUAAAACCCGAUUAAAUUUAAUUUGAAUCUAGAGUCAACAUAUUACAAACCGCAGGUACAAAAUUCAGCCGAAAACAGAAUGUUCAAGACCUCAGCCAGGCCAAUAUUACGCUUAAGAAAAAUUUAUUUCAUUCUCGAAAUACAUUAGUAAUACGUUCGCUGUACGAUUUAUCGGUACAUAUCGCUUUAUGGCGUUGAGUCUCGUGUCUCUCACCUGAUACCUCAACACAGUCGAAUUUGAGAAGUUUCGGGAGACGAAAAAAAUAUCUUAAAAAGAGGAUAUGCCCUUGGUGAAGCGGAACCAAGAUAAAGACGAAUAUCGACACGCGAAAACGGUAUAGGAUCACUUUGAUUGUAGGACGUUAGGGGAAUAUAGUGACCUUUAUUUGAAGGUUGAUGUGAUGUUGUUGGCGGAUGUUUUUGAAAAUUUCAACAAUAUAUGUAUGAAGACGUAUAACCUAGACCCGGCAUUCUAUUACACAGCACCCGGAUUCAGCUUUGACUGCAUGCUGAAAUAUACAAAGAUGAAACUAGAACUUUUAACGGACUACGAUAUGUUGCUGAUGAUUAAAAAAGGUAAAACAUUUUAUAUUAUUUUACAAAACUAUUAUUAUAUUUAUUUUAUUUUAUAGGUAUACCUGGUGGAUUGGUGCAGGUGAGUAAACGAUACGUGAAGGCGAAAAAUUAUACAAUGGAAGACUAUGAUGAGACGAAAGAAGAUUCAUGGAUAAUAUAUCAGGAUUAUAAGUAUACACAUUAUUAAAAAUAUAUAUAUAUCAUACUUGUAAAAAAAAAUGUUCUGUUUAUUUUAGGUAA